UCCAACACAUUAGAUUUCAUCAUCUCCAGUCACGAUUCCGAUCUACAUCACCAGCGCUUCCAAUCCCGAAUCGUACGGUUCCAACACGCUUCCAAACGCCUCAUUGGGAAUCGCGAUUCCAAGACGAUUACGAGCGAUUCCCUGCGAUUCCGCUUCCACUUCCGGAGCGAGAAACGCAUCACUUCUGGCGAUUCCAUGCUUCCUAGAUUUAUACCCUCAACGUUAUAGCGGAUUUACGAACCAAACCCAUAAAUAUCAGAUCUAGAGUGAGAGAGAGAGAUUAGUCUUUCCCGAUUCCUCGCCGCCGUUCAUCAAUCUCUCCGUCGUGUUUCUGCCAUUACCUCUCCUCCAAACUAUCUCUCUCGCGUUAGCUUUACUUUUUUUGAGUUUGUUUAGGGAUAAAAAUGGCUGGAGAAGGUGAAGAAGAUGUACCUAGACAUGCUAAGACUGUGAAAUCUUUGCUUAAGUCGAUGGGUGUAGAAGACUACGAGCCUCGUGUGAUUCACCAGUUUCUGGAGUUAUGGUACCGGUAUGUGGUCGAAGUCUUGACAGAUGCUCAGGUUUACUCAGAGCAUGCUAGCAAAUCCAACAUUGACUGCGAUGAUGUCAAGCUCGCUAUUCAAUCCAAAGUUAAUUUCAGCUUCUCACAGCCACCUUCAAGAGAGGUUCUAUUAGAGCUUGCUGCAAGCAGGAACAAGAUCCCUCUGCCAAAAUCGAUAGCAGGACCUGGUGUUCCACUCCCACCUGAACAGGACACAUUGCUGAGCCCAAAUUACCAGCUCGUGAUACCAAAGAAGUCAGUUUCCACAGAACCUGAAGAAACCGAAGACGAUGAAGAAAUGACAGAUCCUGGACAGUCCUCUCAAGAACAACAACAGCAACAACAACAAGCAUCAGACCUUCCAAGCCAAACUCCUCAAAGGGUCUCUUUUCCACUCUCUAGACGACCCAAAUAAGUAGAUAAACAAAAAAAAAAAACUAUAAUGUUAUGUAUCAACAAGUAGAAUGUAACAGAAUCAAAUAUCAAUGACCAAAGUCAGUUUUUAUGGACCAUAUGUGGUAUCAAGAAGUAAGUAGAAUGUAAGAGAAUCAAAUAUUAUUGACUAGAGUCAGUUUUUGUAGAA